UCGGGCAAACCUGGUCACGUGGUAGAAAGUGGCAAGAGGACGGGAUCAUUUAUCAAAGUUUAAGGUUAUAUGUGUGACUUUGUCCUCAGGGAGAUUCCCCUUCCUCCUCCUCCUCCUCCUCCUCUUUACCUGCACGAUAAGUCAACACCUUCAGUCGUGGAGAGGAUGUCCAACCUGCCGGAUGUUCCUGCUCCGCGUAAAUUCCACUGGAUCCAAGAAGGAAGCGAGGACACGUUUAGCGGCUUGGAGUUCAGAAGUUUAGUUCUGGUUUCGUCCGAUGAGAAGAUUUCAAAGUGUUAAAGACACAAAGAAGAAACAUGUUUUCCUUCCUGCGCUCAGGCAGAAACCCCGCUCCUGAGCAGAUCCACAUUACCUCGCUACCUCCCAGUAUUCCCACAGACCAGGAGCCAGAGCAAGCUGAAGGACAAGCGGAUGACGUGGUUGAAGAGAAAGGGGUGAUCCAGACCACAUACACUCACAGAGUACACUCCACACCCUCGGUCUUCCUCCAGAAUCACAAUGAUGAGCCUGUUUCCAGCACUUACCUUGAUGAGAAAGUCCCUGUCCCUGAGGAGGACGGCGAGAGGUGGAUAAGUCUCCGCAAGCUCUGGGCCUUCACCGGCCCGGGGUUUCUGAUGAGCAUAGCCUACCUGGAUCCAGGUAACAUCGAGUCUGACCUGCAGUCAGGUGCCAAAGCUGGCUUCAAGCUGCUCUGGGUGCUGCUGGGUGCCACCAUCGUCGGCCUGCUGCUGCAGAGGCUGGCGGCUCGGCUAGGCGUGGUCACCGGGAUGCACCUGGCUGAAGUCUGCAACCGCCAGUACCACACUGUGCCUCGUAUCAUCCUGUGGGUGAUGGUGGAGCUGGCGAUCAUCGGCUCAGACAUGCAGGAGGUCAUCGGCUGCGCCAUCGCUUUCAACCUCCUCUCCUCUGGCAGGAUCCCCUUAUGGGGGGGUGUCCUCAUCACCAUCACUGACACGUUUGUCUUCCUCUUCUUGGACAAGUACGGUCUGAGAAAGCUGGAAGCCUUUUUUGGUUUCCUCAUUACAAUCAUGGGGAUCACAUUUGGAUAUGAGUAUGUAACAGUGGGUCCAGACCAAGGCCAGCUGCUGAAGGGGAUGUUUGUGCCGUACUGCGAGGGCUGCGGACCCGUCCAGCUGACUCAGGCCGUCGGCAUCGUGGGCGCCGUCAUCAUGCCUCACAACAUUUACCUCCACUCUGCUCUCGUCAAGUCUCGAGAAGUAGAUCGGUCAAACAAAAAAGAGGUAAAAGAGGCCAACAAAUACUUCUUCAUCGAGUCGACCGUCGCACUGUUUGUCUCUUUCCUCAUCAAUGUGUUUGUGGUGGCCGUCUUUGCUGAGGCUUUCUAUCAGCGCACAAAUGAAGAGGUGUUCAAUGUCUGUAAUCAAACAGGCAGUCCGCAUUUAGACCUGUUCCCUCUGAAUAAUGAAACUCUCAAGGUGGACAUCUACAAAGGGGGAGUGGUGCUCGGCUGUUUCUUUGGCCCAGCUGCUCUCUACAUAUGGGCCGUGGGGAUCCUUGCAGCUGGUCAGAGCUCCACCAUGACUGGAACAUACUCCGGCCAGUUCGUCAUGGAGGGCUUCUUAAACUUGCGCUGGUCACGUUUCGCUCGGGUGUUGCUGACCCGCACGCUUGCCAUCAUGCCCACCCUGCUCGUGGCCAUCUUCCAGGACGUGCAGCACCUGACAGGCAUGAAUGACUUCCUGAACGUGCUGCAGAGCAUGCAGCUGCCAUUCGCCCUCAUUCCCAUCCUCACGUUUACCAGUUUGCCAUCUCUCAUGAACGAGUUUGCCAAUGGACUAGUAUUUAAGAUAGGAGGCGGAGUGGUGAUCUUGAUCGUGUGUGCCAUCAACAUGUACUUCGUCGUAGUCUACGUGAGCAUACUGGGCAGCGUGUGGCUGUACGUGCUGUCGGCUUUCCUGUCCAUAGCAUACCUGGUGUUUGUUGGAUACUUGGUGUGGUUAUGUCUGAUCGCUCUGGGGGUGUCCUGGCUCGAUCCGAGCACCAGGAGAGGGAACGACACGACCAUCCUGAUCCAGCGGCAGCCUGAGUUUGACUCAUGACAUUCGGGUCAAAGGUGCAUCUGUGGACAACCUGACUGACUGUGUUUAGCUCCAGAUGAAGUCUUAUUUAGUCCCAAGUUAUUUAUACGAGAUGUUUGUUGACUUUCAGAUGAACUUUGACGUUUGGUUGGUGCUGUACAGAUUUUUUUUUUUAAUAAUGAAGAAACAAAUUUAUUUGUCACUGUAACUUUAUUAAAAGGUAACAUGCUGA